AUGGAUAAAUACUUUAUUGAUACUCUUGACUUUGCUACUCUUGAAUCAGAUAGAGAUUUCCAAUACAAAGAUACUAUAGAAGAAGAGUUUGAGGAAAUUAAUCAGUUCAAUGAAGAAAGUGAAAAAAUUGAUGAAAAUGAUCGAAUAGCCAUAAAUAACUUAAUUGAUAAACUUAGAAGCUGUUGUUUAUGUAAAGACAGUUGUAUUAAAAAG